AUGCCAGCCAAGCAUGCGCCUCUCCCCGUCCUCAUCGUCGGCAACGGUCCCGUCGGCCUGCUCACGGCCCUCGCCCUCGCCAAGCAGGAUGUCGAGGUUAUCCUCGUUGCGCGCCAUAUGCGCCGUCUCGGAGUACCCAAGGCUCAUGCGCUGUCACCUCGUUCUCUCGAGAUCGCCCGUCAACUCGGCCUGCCCGUCGGCGAGAUUCGCCGUCUGCCCGCUCACCGCAACGACGCGCGUUGGGUGCGCUUCAUGACUAACUGCUCUGGUCAGCUUGUCGGUACGCUGCCCUACGAGAACAUGGGGCUCGACGUUCUCGACCACACGCCCGAGAUGGUGCACAACGUCGCGCAGCCCGACCUCGAGGCCAUUAUGGAGUACAUGCUCGACGCCGAAGUCAACGUCGACUACCGCCUGGGAUGGACGUGGAUUAGCCAUGAAGAGGUCAUGCGCAACGGCGAGACGAUCUGCGUGUCUACCGUCGAGGACACGUACACUGGCGAGGAGAUGCUGAUUGAGUCGUGUCUCGUGGUGGGAUGUGACGGCGCCAACUCUCGCGUUCGUAAGGCCGUCGGCAUCACCUCCGAGGGCGAGGAGACGGCCGACACUAUGAUCACCAUCCACUUUAGCGCCGAUCUCCGCCCCGUCGUUGGCGACAAGGUCGGCAUGCUGUACUGGAUUCUCGACCCUGAAGCACGCGGCUUCAUCAUCUCCUACGACAUCGAGUACAACCACGUGUUGAUUCACAACAUCGACCCGGACGUGACGCCGCUCGCGACUUUUACCCCCGAAAAAUGCAUGGACAUUGUGCGCGCGGCGAUCGGGCGCGACAUCCCGGUCGACUUUAACUGCUCCAUGCCCUGGAUCUUGCGCCGCAAGGUCGCCAACAACUAUUACCGUGGCCGCGCCGUGCUGGCCGGCGACAGCGCACACUCGUUCCCUCCCACCGGUGGCUUGGGCCUCAACUCGGGCAUUGCCGACGCCCACAACCUCGCGUACAAGAUUGCCGCGGCGUAUCACGGGUGGGGCCACCUCCCUAGUCUGCUCAAGAGCUACGAGGGCGAGCGCCGCCCCGUCGCUCUCCACAACUCGAUCCAGAGUGUCAAGAACGGCAAGGAGAUCUUCCACCUCCUCAAGGCGCUCCGCAACACUGGACCCGACCUUGCGACCGCCCGCGCUGAGAUGAUGCGCGCCCUCCAUGACCCCAAGCAGCUCGCGUAUGUCCAGUCAUUAAUCCAGGACCAGGCCGAGCACUUUGACAACCUCAACCGCCAUCUCGGCUACGUCUACGAGCCCGGUUGGACACCCCAGCAGUCGCAGGUGUUCAAGCCACAGUACCGCCGCGGAGCACGCUUCGCACACGCCUGGGUCAAGUCCAAGGUGCCCGGCAUUCUGGCGCCUCUCGACCCCGUUGACCUGUCGUAUCUAGACGACCUAUCCAAUUCCAAGGCCAAGGACUGGAAUUAUAGUGUGCUCGACAUUGUCUCUCUCGGCCAGUACACCUUCUUUUACUCUGGCAGCACAUGGGGCAAGAAGGUGCCUUCUCUGCGCCAGAUGUUCGCACAGCAGGGUGUGCCACUCAAGGUGGUCGAGGUGGGUAAGGACUUUGAUUUCAUCGAGAAGAAGCCCGGCAAGGCGUGGAUGGAAGGGUACGGGAUCAACAAGAGUGGCGGUGUUCUCGUCCGCCCCGACCAGCACGUCCAGUGUGUGGUGGCGGGCGCCGAGCUGCCUCAGCGCAUUAUUGAUGAUGUGCUUCGUACCCUCGGUCGGCAGUACUAG